UGACCAUGUUACAAGUAUCAGACGAUACAGAAACGCAACAUAUUGCAGAUGAAUCAUUUGAGGCAUAUAGAAACAGUGAACUUGAUAAAGCCAUAGAUAUUGUACGAAAAUUGGAGUCGUCAGACCCCAUCAGGACAAAACUGAACUAUUCCGUGUGUUUGUACUAUAAGGAGCUCUGUAAAGAUCCUUUCGUUGUAUUAAAUACUGUGGCUGCUUUAAACGGAAAAAAGGAAAUGACGGACAUGUCUCUUCGAAGCACGGAGUUAUCUCCUUGGUUUUCCGAGAAUCCUCCGUUUGAACUUGCUUAUGCUGUAUUCAAUGAAGCAGUUAUAUCAUAUCAGCUCCACUUCUGGAAGCGGUCUUGUGAACUCCUGGAAACCUUGUAUAGUCAUAUAGGAGCCUUUGACGACGCAUUGGUAUUUAGAGUUUGGUUGCUCCUGUUUGAUGUUUAUAUGCGACUUGGUUGCAGUGACAAGGCGGCCAUCGUGUUUGGUUUCUUAGAAAGAACUUUUCCUAGUAUAUCUGACCCUGAAGAUGGAAAGGAUGAUAACUUGGAGGUUGAUGGAAGUCCGAACCUUAUUGUGAAGAGCUUAUUUUCAGCUUAUCCCAGUUUCCUUGUUAACAGAGAUAAGGAAGAUUUACAGCUCCUCUUAUCUUAUUAUCGUGCUCGACUCUACUUGAAUCUACGCUCUUAUAAGCUUUUUAAGAAGGAAAUCAAAAGCUUGAUCAGUAGCUGCGAGGCUUCGGAGAAAUCACUUGUCCCUCCUUUGCUGUUGAAGGUUCGUUAUGAGAUGCAACGAGGGAAUCCUCGGAAAGCGCUGAAACUUGCGUCGAGUAUCCCAGACAAUGAUUUGGAAUAUUUUCCAAGUAUGAAAUGUAUUUUGUUAAAUAAUAUUGGCUGUAUCCAUAUCAAACUCGGCAGACAAAAUUUGGCAAUCUCUUACCUUUCUUUGGCAGAGAAGCAGUUAGACAGUACCGUUUAUGAGGAUAAUAAGGAUAAAAAGGAAAUCCGGUCAGUACCGCACCUUUCGCUGAACUACUCGGAUAUUAUUGCGUAUAAUAUGGGAUUAAGUUUUCUAGUUCUUGGAGAAUAUGAACAUGCCGCACAUGCUUUUUGGAAAUGUGCAGAAACAUUUAUGACAAACGCGAGAUUAUGGGUGAGGCUAGCAGAAUGUUGUGUCGGUUUUGAUGCACAAAUGGAAUGCGAAAAGGAGUCAAAGCAAGUUAAUGAUUUGGUAGAGCAAGUAGUUGGAAAAGGAUCCCGGAGAAGAAUUGUCAUACAUUCUCCUUGUACGAGGAACAAAGAGGUCGUCGAUGAGGACUAUAAAAACGGUUCGCAGCGUCCAUUGCUGUCUUUACAAUAUGGUGCCGAAUGUGCACGAACAGCACUUUACUUACUGAAUAAGAAACAAGCAAGGCCUAAUGUAACAACAUCAACCUUAUCUGUUGGCGAACAACAUGAAAGCCCCGCAGAACAUGGGAUUUCCUCAUCCAAUACCGCAACUAUAGCAUCGGGAAGAUCCAAACAGACUUUAGUAACUUUUGAAAAUGAUGUAGAAGAGCAUUCAAUCGAACAAGGAAUCGAGUCUUCGAGAAGAUCGAACGAUAAUGGAUCAGAAAGAUUGAUAGACUGGCAAAUAGAAAAAGACAAUACCAAGGCAAUGCAUGAAACAAAUAGUAGUACUACAGAAACGACAUCUCAACCAACAGCGAGCAAAGUUAUUAGCGGAACUUGUAGUAAUCAUGAUGAUGAAGACCUUUUGAUUCGAGAAUCUGCUUUGGCACUUUUAUGUUAUUGUUGUCUGUCGACUUGCCCUGAAGAGGCUUUACGAACAGCGAAGGAAUUGAUGCAAAUGAGUCAUGUUUCUCCUGAAAUUUUAUUCUUAGCACACCUUUAUGGAGUGGAAGCAUUAUGUGCUUUAGGACGACCGGAUGAAGCUCUAGAAAUGUUAAGUCCUCAGAUUCUUGAAAUAAUAGAAAAAUGUUCCAACUUGAAUUCUGCUUUGGGUGAGGUCAACAUUCAUUCGUGGAGUCAUUCUGGAACAGAAAUGUCAACUGGGACAAAUUCAGCUAGUGCUUCUUCUUGGAACUCCAAUUCCGAUGCAAUAAGACCCAAUGUAGAAAGCAAUCCAUCAAGUUUCACGGACUCUUCUUCUAACCAUAUUUUUCAUGGUGUUAGUCUUCCAAACUAUCCUUCCUCAAUAUCAAGAGGCGGUAUUAUCUCACGGGGAGCAAUAGGAAUAACAGGAACUGCAGCGUUUUAUGUAAAUCUAUCGUCCGUAUGUGUUUUGAAGAACAAAUUGGGCGAGGCUGCAGCAGCUAUAACUCGAGCGCUUUCCUUAAUGCCACGUUCUAGUGCAGCUCUGUUAAUGUCUACUUAUAUUAAGAUUAGAGAAGGCGACUUGGAAGGUGCAAAAGAUAUUCUUAAGUGUCAUCGAGUGACUUCUGGUUUUCAAAGUCUUCAAGCGUAAAAAUAAAACAAAUCCAUAUUAC